AUGGCCUCUCAACAUGCCAAGGAGGAGGAGGAUCUUCCCUCCUGGUACGCCAAUCUAUGGGCUCCUCGAGUCGACCUCAUCGGUGACAUUGCCGGCAAGGAGCCGUUUCUCAUUCAUGGAGAGUCUUUGAUGCGGCAUUGUCUCGAAGAAUCUCCGCCGGACUUCCAAGAUGGAUUUCAGUUGCUUCAUGCUGUGUACGUCGUGGAGAGAUUUCUCAGCAAUCUGCAAAAGAGGGGCUGCGAUUUUGACGUCGUCUUCUUCCGAGACCUGAGGAACCUUUGCGUGCCUCAUCUCUCUGGAUUCGAAUACAAAUACCAAUACGCACGAACCGUCAUCAUCAAGCAUCUGCAGAGACAUGCUGAGGAAAACGCGAGGAACGGUGCAAGGGCAGCCGUGUUGGAGUUUGAGUCUGUCGACUGCCGGGAAUUCCGCGAGUAUCUCGAGGGCUUGCCAAUUCACUUUGUUCUAUGUCACGAUGGCGUUGAAUCGGAAGAUGUCAAAGACACAAUCGUAUUCCGGAAUCUGAUUUGCUCUUUUAUGAGGCGUGGCAAAAAUGUAGCCAUCAUCAAUGCUCUCGAAUGGAAGAGUUCAAAGGCAUACGCGCCUUUGCUGAGCAUAUUACCCAAGGAAGUGCAGCCAAUUGACGCCAAAUUGGAGUUUGAUUCGCCGUAUACUUCAUCCUUCGACGGAAUGGAUCUAUGUAUCCAGCCUAGGCUUGUCGUGCCUCAGGAUCUCACUGCUAGAGAACGCUUGGGAAUCACAGCCUGUCUAAACCUCGCCAACUCACCGGGGAGCGCUUUCGCGGAUCUGAAUCAACUACAAGAGGGCAUACAGGCUUUCCUCCUCCAUCUUGCAGUCCUCAAGCACUGUACCCUGCUUGAGCGGCAGCACUGGGUUGGUGCCCGUCGCUCCAACCCAGCACCCGAGCAUCAGAAUCUGUUGCGUGGAAUUACCGAAGCGUCGUUGCUGUUGAUGGAGAAGGACGAGUGGAUAACAAGCAUCAAUACUGCCGAAUGUACCUGGGAUCUAUAUGAUGCUAUUGAUGGUUCUUUGUUUCAUUUUACGCUCGACUCUCUCCGAUCCCGUCAGGGGCUUCCUGACCAAAUCAUCCAAUCAUGGCAACAUCUUUGGUCGGCUUUCCGCGCAGCAACAGGCCGACAGUUCCCCGAAAGCCUCCCCAAGCUGGUGGACAUCCCGACCGAAACUCUCCCGGAUCAUCUAGACAAGUCACAAGUGUCGGCUCUGCCCUUUAGCCACCCUGUCCUGGAUGCGUUUCUGAAUGAUAUCAGGUUGAAAGUGACCCAAGACACGCAGGACACAUCCGCACAAUCAGUGUUUGAGGACCUUCACCAUUGGCACAACACCAAGCUAUUACUGCCGCCUAACAAGCCGCAGAAACUCGGAUUCUUUGCAAGAAGGAGAAUUCAGAAACGUGUGGCCGACAUCGUGGCCUACUCGGCGAGCCUUACCAAUGCAAGAGGCAAGCUCAUUGAGCCUGAAUCCAUCGUCGUGAAGAAGGCUGCGGCAACGCAUGCUUCGAGGAACAAGAAGUCCUCGACAGAGAGCAGCAGUAACAGCACAAAUAGCCGACCCCAGCAUCAAUUCAAGAAGCCAGGACGCCCCGCAAACAAGCCGGGUGGCAGGGAGAGGGCUCUCAGAGCCGCGCAAGAGGUUCAGGAGCGAAAAGCAUCCGACAAGCGGGAUAGCACAGUCACGCUGUGGGCCGAUACGUGCCGCGAGAUUGAGAAAGAACCUUCUCUGAUAGCCCGCUAUCUGAAAGCUCUGAGAUUCCUGAACGACCGAUCCAAAGUCGACCAUGUCGCUCUUGGAUCAGAAGUCCAUCUUUAUUUGUGCCACCUUCUCGGGAAGUUGUGGGCAAAGGCACGGACAGAUGCCAACACAAGAGCCGUGUGCCUUGAGAUUCCAGACCUUCCGAUUGCCAUAGGUAGUCAAACACACAAGAUGUCGUUCGAGUUUGACUACGGUGCUUUAAAAGACAUGAAAAAGACCAUGGCAAACUUCCAGCAAGUGCAGCUCGAGUUUGCUGCCCCUUACAUGGACCGACGAUUCGACUCCCAGCCGGAUACGCGGGUGCCCUUUGAUCCUGACGCCUGGCAAAUCAAAGUGCUGAACUCCAUCGAUGCCAACAACAGCCUGCUUGUCAUAGCUCCGACGUCUGCGGGAAAGACAUUCAUCUCCUUCUACGCCAUGAAGAAAGUGCUCGAGGAGAGCGACGACGGUGUGUUGGUGUACGUCGCUCCGACCAAGGCCUUGGUCAACCAGAUUGCCGCUGAGGUUGCAGCCCGCUAUACCAAGAGCUACAAACAAGAUGGAAAAUCCGUCUGGGCUAUAUAUACUCGCGACUACAGAGUGCAGAGCCCGACUGGAUGCCAGAUCUUGGUCACGGUCCCGCAUAUACUGCAGAUCCUCUUGCUCGCGCCAACAAACGCCAAAGGGCCAAAUGCCUGGUCAAAGCGUAUCAAGAGAAUCAUAUUCGACGAGGUGCACUGCAUUGGUCAAGACGACGAUGGCAUCAUCUGGGAGCAGUUGCUUCUAGCAGCUCCGUGCCCUGUCAUUGCCCUCUCGGCGACCAUUGGCAACCCUGGCCCCUUUCAGGAAUGGCUCUCACAGGUUCAGAGAAGCAAGGGGCUCAAGCUAGACACAGUGGUGCACACCACUCGGUAUUCUGAUCUCCGCAAGUUCAUUUAUACACCACAGGGGCGUAAACCGUUCCAGGGGCUUCGUCGCAACAAGGCGCUUCCGGUGCCUGGGUUGGACGAAGGUGACAGAGCAUGUCCCGAAUUUGAAUUUGUUCACCCAGUUGCAGCUCUCACUGACAGGGCUCGCACAGCGCUUGAUGAUCUUUCUCUGGAGGCAAGAGACUGUCUAAGCCUAUGGAGAACGAUGAUGGAGGUCUUGUCGAAGGAAGACGCCGCCAAAUUUGGCGUACCGGAUCUCUCUACUUGCCUCCCGGAAAUCAUCUCAAAGGCAGACGUUAUUCGAUGGGAGGCAGAUCUCAAACAAGCUCUUCGACGCAUCAUGGAGAGCCCAGACAAGGUGUUCCAGGAGAUCCGAAACCGGUUGGAGAUGCGCUCCGUUGAAGAAGAUCCAGAUCCUGCCCCCAUUCAGGACAAGAGCAACAUAUUCCACUUGGUUGUCGAUUUGCAUAGCCAUGACGCCCUACCUGCCCUGAUCUUCCACUAUGACACUCAUGGGUGUGAGCAGAUUGUGAAGAUGAUCUUUGCCAACCUCGUGGUAGCUGAGGACAAGUGGAAAGAGAGCUCACCGGAAUGGGCCAAAAAGAUGGAAGACUUUGAAGCAUGGCGUAAGACUGCCAGCAUACAGCAGACUCUGAUUAUACGUCAGCGAAACAGAGGCAAAAAUAGAGACGACGUAAGGAUGUCGCAGGACGAGCGGUUACGAGAGGUGGCGAGUAUCGAGAUCAGCCAUUGGGCAAGCUUCGAUCCGGACGAGCCAUUGGAACGGUUCAGCUUCGCAGACACAACCAAGAUGCAAGCCUCCGAGGUAGAGGUCAUAGUUCAGCCCGUACAGGGCCAGGUGGCUGACUGGAUGAUCGAUGCCCUUCGACGCGGUCUCGGUGUGCACCACUCCAGUCUGAACCGCGAAUAUCGCCAAGCGGUCGAGGUGUUGUUCCGCAGAGGUUAUCUGAGGGUUGUCGUUGCCACUGGAACAUUGGCCCUGGGCAUCAACAUGCCUUGCAAGACGGUCGUCUUCCAGGGCAGCUCGGUAUUUCUCACCGCCCAAAACUUCAGACAGGCGUCGGGCCGUGCCGGGCGUCGAGGCUUCGAUCUCCUAGGGAACAUUGUCUUCAACCAGAUCCCACGGAAGCGCGUGUAUGAAAUCAUGUCGGCACGGCUGCCGGGCCUCAACGGCCAGUUCCCCAUAUCCACGACGCUUGUCCUGAGGCUCUUCUCGCUACUUCACGGGUCGGACAACUGCGAGUUUGCAGCGAGCAUGGUGCGGUCGCUGCUGUCCCAGACGCGCCUCUACUUGGGAGGACCCGAGUCGGAGAUGUCCAUCAAGCACCACGUCCGGUUUUCCAUCGAGUACCUUCGGAGACAGAAUCUGCUCUCCGCUGCCGGCGUCCCCAUCAACUUUGCCAGCAUCGUGGGCCAUCUGUACUUCAUGGAGAAUGCAGUGUUUGCCUUUCACUCUCUGCUCAGAGGCGGGUACUUCCACCGCCUCUGCGCAGACACGAACCCCGACAGAUCGUACGUCAGCCAUAACCUGGCCAACACUAGGGAUCGAAUACUGCCAUUUACUCAAACAUUAGUUGGCCAAGAUGAGCCGGUUCAUUGGGCGUCUGCUGACUCCGGCGCCGCGGCCAUGGUGAGAUCCCCUUUCAUUGCCCUCUCUGGAACUACGGACAACUUCACGACGAUCCACGAGCUGUGCCAGACGGUGCGCGGAGACGUCUUCUUGGAGGAAUCGGCCAUCCCAACGAUACCAAUGUGGCCGCAUGAUACCCGCCAGGAGUUCAACGCCUAUCUCUACGAUUUCUACAAGCACGGCAGCUUGGAUGUCCUGGUAAGGGACAACGGAAUCCGGCGGGGUGAGGUGUGGUUUCGCCUCAAGGAUUUUUCUCGCACGCUGAGCACCAUCAUCAGCAGCCUCACGGUCCUCAUGGACGCCAGUAAUGAA